AGUUUUGGGGAGUGCAUAUAAUCAACAUAAUAUUGAAGGUGCUUAGAUAUUGAUCCUGUAUUUCGAGGUAGUUCAAAUUCACCUAUCUUGGCCCUUCGGCUUUGACCUUAAUUUUGCUCGGUGGAGAAUUAUUGACGCGUAAAAUGCCGAAGAGAAAGUCCCCAGAGGCUCCUGAGGGCAAGGAGGCCCCCAAAGUCACAAAACAGCCCACCAGAAGGUCAGAGAGAUUGUCAGCGAGACCUGCUCCACCCAAGCCCGAGGCCAAGCCUAAGAAGGCCAUCGUCAAGAAGGUGGCAGAUGAUAAGGGGGCAAAGGCAAAGAAAGGUGGCGCCAAGGGGAAGAAGGAAGACGGUCCUGCCCAAAAUGGAGAGACCAAGGCCAAUGAGGUAACUGAAGCAGCAGAAGAGGCGACCGAGGAGAAGGCAUAAAGGCACGGGCGCGUUCACCGACUCGUCCCCUCUGACUCCAUGGCAGCAAAGCAUCUUUUUUUACUGACGAUUUUGUACCAUGCUGAAUUUUUUUUAGACUUGUGAUAGUAGAGAUGGACAACCAGCAGCCCCGCCUCCCAUAUCUUCAUACCCCCCCCUUUGUUUUUUGUUGCUCCAUUCUCCUCCUCCCUCCAUUCUGUAUUUCUAUACUGUAUGCCUCUUAGAAGCAGAAAGGCAGAAUGAAGUGGUUUCAUCCGACAGCUGCAGAUGUUCUUUGUUUUGCCUGACAGGCGGCCGUAAACGUGACUAUUUUUGAUCUUUAAGCCAGCUCUGCCUUUGUAGUUACUCUUCUCUAUAAAACAUCACUACUGGCACUCUGCUUGUAAUGUACCAUAAUGUAACCCCUGAUGGCUAAGGUGAGUGUUUGUGGAUGCGUACCAACAGUUUGGAUGCAGAGCUGCAAGAAGCCAGUUCCACAGUCACCGUGGAGAACAUCUGCAGCUUUUUAAAACAUCUUAGUUUUUAGUCGCCACCACUGUGUUUCACAUAGCUCCUUUUGUAUGUGUAAACUGGAGUGAAUGUGUUUGUGAGUCUCUGUGCUUGAUUUUGUUUCCUCCCCUUUCCUUUCCUUUCUUUCCUCUUUUUUUUUUUUCUCUCCCCUGAAUGCCUUGUCCAGCAGCAGAGUGACAUAGCAAUAAUGAGUGGUGCUUCUGUUCUAGACGGCUCUAUUGGCUUUGGAUCCUCUGGGCUUCUCUGAGUUUCAUCCUGUUGGGAGAAUAUUUUGAAAUAAAAGUAAAAGUUGAUGUC